AUCAGAACAUCUCAAGAAACACCAGCGGAAACCCACAGGGAAGAAAUCUCACUGCUGCUCUGACUGUGGGAAGAUAUUCAACUCUUCAACAGCCCUUAAAAGACAUAUGAGAAUCCAUACAGGAGAGAAACCGUAUAGCUGUAAUCAAUGUGGGAAGAGUUUUACUUAUGCAAGCUGCCUGAAGGUACAUUUGAGAACACACACAGGAGAGAAACCUUAUAGCUGCGAUCAAUGUGGGAAGAAUUUUACUUCAUCUACCAGUCUGACUAUCCACCAGAGAACACACACAGGAGAGAAACUAUAUAGCUGCGAUCAAUGUGGGAAAAGUUUUACUUACUCAAGCAACAUGAAGGUACAUUUCAGAACAGAAUCACACCAGAGAACACACACAGGAGAGAAGCCUUAUAGCUGUGAUCAAUGUGGGAAUAGUUUUAGUCAAUCAAGCAACCUGAUGGUACAUUUGAGAAUGCACACAGGAGAGAAGCCUUAUAGCUGUGAUCAAUGUGGGAAGAGUUUUAGUCGAUCAAGCAACCUUAAAAGACAUAUGAGAAUCCAUACAGGAGAGAAACCUUAUAGCUGUAAUCAAUGCGGGAAAAGUUUUACUACAUCUAGCCAUCUGACUAGUCACCAGAGAACACACACAGGAGAGAAACCUUAUAGCUGUGAUCAAUGCGGGAAGAGUUUUACUCAAUCAAGCUGCCUGAUAGAACAUCAGAGAACACACACAGGAGAGAAACCUUAUAGCUUUGAUCAAUGUGGGAAGAGUUUUAGUCGAUCAAGCAACCUGAUGCUACAUUUGAGAACACACACUAGAGAGAAACCUUAUAGCUGUGAUCAAUGUGGGAAGAGUUUUACUUCAUCUAGCCAGCUGACUAUACACCAGAGAAUACACACAGGAGAGAAACCUUAUAGCUGUGAUCAAUGUGGCAAGAGAUACGCUGGUAAAAGAACUCUGAUUAAACAUCAGAAAGUGCAUACAUGA